UUAGUUUUAUUUAAGUUCUAGUGGUUUUUGUUUAAGAAUUCGGUAACUAAUUGUAGAUUACUUUACAAACAAUGCUCCUCCACUGGGUCAGUUGAGAGAUGACUGAGGAAGAGAAACGGCAAAGUUAACUGGCGAGGUCACAAAAUUGUAAACAUCAUUGGGUUAUACAGCAUUAAAAUGCUUAUACAGCAUUUGGUUCAAAUAUCUUUUAAUAAUCUAACUGCGCCAAACAAUACAGCAGUGCUUGUAAUAAACUUGCCUUUUGACCUUCAGAUACGCCAUAGCCCUGUUUGCAUAAGCUCUCCAACAAAAUCCUUGUUUCCUUCUUGCUCUCUUGGUUUUGUUCCUUCUAUCUCUCUAGAUUUUGAAUCAUUUGCAUCUGGCCCAACUGCUUUACCUUUUUAGAAAUCUAAAACAAUCUUCUUUGGUCGUACAAAUAGUCGUGGGAAAUCCUCAGUGAGAAGUUUUUUUAAAAACUGGAGAAAUAAAAAAAUUAAGAGAUAUCUAUGUGUCCAAAGGUGAAAGCUAUACACAAAGGAUGGAUAAAUAAAAUGGCAUGUUGCUAUAAUUCCUAAGUUUCUUUGAUGCUUAUUGUGUAAACAAGGGAUAAUUGCGGCAAAAGUCCCCAAAAACUUGAGGUUGAUACCGAUUAGUCCUCAACCUCAAAAAUUGGCGGUGAAAAUACCCAAGGUGGACAAAGUUGUUUGUCCGUUCAUACUCAGUCCGUUAGUGAGACUAACGGGACACGUGGACGCACCAGAUUUAAUCCCCUUUUUAUUUUUAAUUAUCCCCUAAAAUAUAAAAGUAUUAACUAAAAAAAAUUAAUAAAACCUAAAAAAAUAAAUAAAACAAAUUAAUAUAACAAAUUAAUUUAAAACCUGAAAACAUUUCAAAAAAAAAAAAACUUCAUUACAGAAGUAAAAACCAAACACACUGAAAACACGCAGCCCUAAAUCAAACCUAAAUCCCUAAAUCCCUAGGUCGAAGGUUUAAGAACGACGAUGAUGGACGAAGCUUAACAACAACGAAGCUUGGACGAAGGUUGAGAAGAAUGGAUGGGGAAGGUUCGUACAGUAGUUCUGGUGUCAAUAAUAGAAGGUUGAGAGUAGCUGGUGGUUCAAACCAUGAAAGGGAACCUCAAAAUUGCUACUGUGGUAUCCCGUGGAUUUCAAGAACAUCGAACACAGAGGCAAACCCAGGUCGUCGUUUCAGGAGGUGCAGAUUUUCAAGUGCUGAUGGAGGAUGUAAGUUCUUUGAAUGGAUGGAUGUUGAAUCUUGUGGAAGGUGCAGAGAAAUAAUUCCAGGACUUUUGAGAAAGAUAACCAAACUUGAAGAUCAAUUGAUGUUGUAUGAAGAAAAUGAACAUUUGCAAGCAAAUCAAGAUUUGGGAAAGGUUCAUGGUUGUGAUUGUGGGCACAUAUGGGUACUGAGAAAUUGGAGAAAAAUUCUGAUGAUUACUUGUGUAUUUGUUUUUGUAAGUUAUCUGGUGAAGUAGUGGUAAUCUCUAUGUAAUGACAAUUUUCAAUUUUAUGUAAUGGUAUUAUGUAAUGGACAUGGCACUUGUAUUGCCAUUGUUAAUGGAAUGUAUUUUUGGUACAAUAUGUGGUACUGGUACUGGUUUUGGUACAAUAUGUAAUGGUAUUAUGUAAUGGACAUGGCACUUGUAUUGCCAUUGUUAAUUGAAUGUAUUUUUGUCAA